UGGAUGUCGUCGGGCGUUUGCGGGAGACGGGGCUGGGCGAGGGGGGAAGAAGUGGAAGAAGUCUAGGAAGCUCACAGGUCUUGGCUUUCCUGGGAAGAGACAAGAAGUGAAUGAAGACAGUUGUUCCAGGACCUAGAUUAUCACUCCUUGGGACACCCUUUAUUGGUGACUGAGAUUUCUAACUAGGAAUUUAGAACAUAUCCAGAAGAGGCAAAGACAGAGUAUCCCAUUUGCUGGCCAUUUCCUACAACAGAAGAAAAUGAUCGAUGUCCAGGAAUUGCUGACAUUGGAGGAUGUGGCUGUGGAGUUCACCUGUGAGGAAUGGCAGCUCCUGGGCCCUGCUCAGAAGGACCUCUACCGGGACGUGAUGUUGGAGAACUAUGGCAACCUGGUGUCACUGGGUUAUCAAGCCAUCAAACCAGAUGCACUCUCCAAAUUGGAACAAGGAGAAGAACCAUGGACAAUAGAAUAUGAAAUGCAUAGUCGAAUCUGUCCAGAAAACCACACAGUUGAUCAUCUGCAGAAUCACUUGGAAAAUCAAAGAAUUCUGAAGAGUAUGGAACAAUACCAUGAACAUAAUGCAUUUGGAAAUAUUUUUACUCAAAACAAAAGUCAUUUUCCUUUCAGGAAAAAUCAUGAUAUGUUUGAAUUAUGUAUAAAAACUUUGAAAUCAAAUUUAAGUUUAGUCAGCCGGAAGAAAAGCUAUGAAAUGAAGAACUCCACUAAAUAUAAUGGAAAUGGGAAGUCAUUUCUGCACAGUAAAUCUGGAGAAUUUCAUUCUGCUGUUAAAUUCCCUGUAAGUGCAAAACCCAGUAGCAAUAAGUCCCAAGUCAUUAAUCAUCAAAGAACUCACGAAAUAGAGAAAACCCAUGUAUGCAGUGAAUGUGGGAAAGCUUUUGUCAAGAAGUCUCAGCUCACUGAUCAUGAGAGAGUUCAUACAGGAGAGAAACCUUAUGGCUGCAGUAUGUGUUCAAAAGUAUUCUCCAGAAAGGCCAGGCUCAAUGAACAUCAGAGAAUUCAUAAAAGAGAGAAAUCCUUUUUAUGCAGUGAAUGUGGAAAAGUUUUCACCAUGAAGAGCCGUCUGAUCGAACAUCAGCGAACUCAUACUGGAGAGAAACCUUAUGUGUGCAAUGAAUGUGGAAAAGGCUUCCCAGGCAAGCGUAAUCUCAUUGUACAUCAGCGAAAUCAUACUGGAGAGAAAUCCUAUGUAUGUAAUGAAUGCGGAAAAGGCUUCACUGGGAAGAGCAUGCUUAUCAUACAUCAGCGAACUCAUACAGGAGAGAAGCCCUUCAUCUGCACUGAAUGUGGAAAAGGCUUCACCACGAAGCACUAUGUCAUCAUACAUCAAAGAAAUCAUACAGGAGAGAAACCAUAUAUAUGCAAUGAAUGUGGGAAAGGUUUCACCAUGAAGAGCCGUCUGAUCGAACAUCAGCGAACUCAUACGGGAGAGAAACCCUAUGUAUGCACUGAAUGUGGAAAAGGCUUUCCCAGGAAGAGUAAUCUCAUUGUACAUCAGAGAAAUCAUGCAUUAGAGAAAACACAUUUAUGUAGUGAAUGUGGGAAAGGUUUCACCGUGAAGAGCAUGCUAAUCAUACAUCAGCGAACUCAUACUGGAGAGAAACCCUACAUAUGCAGUGAAUGUGGAAAAGGUUUCCCCUUGAAGAGUCGGUUGAUUGUACAUCAGCGAACACAUACUGGAGAGAAACCCUACAGAUGUAGCGAUUGUGGGAAAGGUUUCAUUGUGAACAGUGGAUUGAUGUUACAUCAGCGAACUCAUACUGGAGAGAAACCUUAUAUAUGUAAUGAAUGUGGAAAAGGUUUUUCCUUUAAGAGCAAUCUUGUCGUACAUCAGCGAACUCAUACUGGAGAGAAACCCUUUAUGUGCAGUGAAUGUGGAAAAGGCUUCACCAUGAAACGCUAUCUCAUUGUACAUCAGCAAAUUCAUACAGGAGAAAAACCCUAUAUAUGCAGUGAAUGUGGAAAAGACUUUGCCAUGGAAACUGAGCUCAUUUUACAUAAGCAAAUUCAUACUGGAGAGAAACCUUACGCUUGCAAUGAAUGCGGUAAAGGCUUCGCUGUCAGAAGCCGUCUAAUUGUUCAUCAACGAACUCAUACAGGAGAGAGACCCUUUAUAUGUAGUGAAUGUGGAAAAGGCUCUACUGUGAAGAGCAGUCUUGUUGUACAUCAGCUAACCCAUACAGGAGAGAAAUCCUAUAUAUGCAAUGAGUGUGGAAAAGGCUUUACAAUGAAGCGUUAUCUAAUUGCUCAUCAGCGAACUCAUAGUGGAGAGAAACCUUAUGUAUGCAAUGUAUGUGGAAAGGGUUUCACCGUAAAGAGCAAUCUCAUUGUACAUCAGCGAACUCAUACGGGGGAGAAACCAUAUAUAUGCAUUGAGUGUGGAAAAGGCUUCACUAUGAAGCGUUAUCUUGUUGUACAUGAGCGAACUCAUACUGGAGAGAAACCCUAUACAUGUAGUGAAUGUGGGAAAGGCUUCACUGUGAAGAGCAAUCUCAUUGUACAUCAGCGAUCUCACACUGGGGAAAAAUCUUAUAUAUGCAAUGAAUGUGGAAAAGGCUUCACGGUGAAGCGCACUCUCAUCAUACAUCAGCGAACUCACACGGGAGAGAAAUCUUACAUAUGCAAUGAGUGUGGAAAAGCCUUCACUACAAAGCGCACUCUCAUUAUACAUCAGCGAACUCAUACUGGAGAGAAGCCGUAUGAAUGCAAUGAAUGUGGUAAAGCAUUCAGCCAGAAGAUAUGCCUCAUACAACAUGAGAGAUGUCAUACAGGAAAGACUCCCUUUGUAUGUACCGAGUGUGGAAAAUCCUAUUCGCACAAAUAUGGUCUCAUUACCCAUCAGAGAAUUCACACAGGAGAGAAACCUUAUGAGUGCAAUGAAUGUGGAAAAGCCUUCACCACAAAGUCAGUACUCAAUGUACAUCAAAGAACGCAUACAGGAGAGAGACCAUAUGGAUGUAGCAAUUGUGAGAAAGCCUUCUCCCACUUGUCAAACCUUGUUAAACAUAAGAAAAUGCACACAAGGGAAAUGGUAGAUUUAGUCAAGUUGAAAAUUGCUUUAACAGAGAGUCACAGCUUAUUACUUACAAAUGAACUCAUGCCUAUUGAUGCAAUGACUGUGGAAAUGCCUUCUGUGGCAACUCACACUUCAUUAAAUAUCUGUGUUUCUAGGGAGAUUGGAUGUAAUCAUGGUACUGCCUAUUGUCAGAUAUGUGCCCUCAGGAGUUAAAGAGUUUACCCAGGAGAUAAACAUGGUGAGUACAGUAAAUAUGAUAGUGCCUUUAUCAAUCCUUUACCUCACAUUUGCUGUCAGUGAAAACAUGUCGGAUAAACCCUAAUUCAUCUAAUGUGGUGAUGCCUUGAGUAAAAACUUCUAGUUCAUAUAUCUGAAAAAUGUAUAGUGAGACAAAUUCUGUGAAUGCAGAGACAGAAAAGCCUUCUGUGGGAAGGUAGACUGCCCAGGGUUCAUCAUAGAUCAUCACCGAGCUCAUUACUGGUAGAAAUGUAAUGACCAUGGCAAAGUCUUUACUGAGUGAGUGUCAGUUUACAUUGGAGAAUAGUGUUAAAAUGACUGUAUAUAUGGCAGGAUUUUUUGUGGUAAAUUCUUCAUCAUUUGUCAGGAAAUGAAAUAGAAAACAAAAGUGUUCUGUCCAAUAAAUAUA